AUGUUAUGCCAACAGGUAGUAGUUGGUAAUAGUGAAGUGCAAGCAGUGGGAUUUGCGUAUUAUAAAGAAAAAUUUCCCGCCUGGCAAAACUCAAUUCGUCACAACUUAAGUUUAAACGAUUGUUUUAUAAAAGUACCACGAGAACCUGGAAAUCCCGGAAAGGGAAAUUUUUGGACAUUAGAUCCACUAGCUGAGGACAUGUUUGAUAAUGGCAGUUUUUUGCGUAGAAGAAAGCGAUAUAAGAGAGCUCCAGCAAUGCAAAGAUUUUCGUUUCCAACAGUUUUUGGAUCACUCUCUCCAUUUUGGAUUCGAAAACCAGUGCCGCUUGUUCCAGUCCAUUUCAACGUACCAAAUUUUACUAAUAAUAGAGAUUGUUUCGACAUGGUCAAUUCCACAAAUGAUACAAUGCACCACGCAAUAAUAGCAGAUAAAAAAUUCAAUUUUUUUGCAAAUUCUGAGAUCUCACAAUAUCGAAAUAAUGAUAAAUUUGAUAUUUUUCAAAAUAACUCUUUCGCAAGACGAGCUAGUGAUUUGACCAGCGCUGUAAGAUCAAAUGAUAAGUGCCGAAAAUUAAGCAGCAUGGAAACUAACCAAAACCACUAUAUGAAUAGAAAAGAGGAACCGAAUGAAUUUCUCCAAUAUGAAAGUGUAUUUGCAGAUGAAAACAAUGAAUCUUGUGACAGAAUUGAUGUCGAAUGCUCUCAAGAACAUGACUCACAUCUUUCCGAUUCGGUUGAAAGUGUUGCGAAAACUACUAAUAAUUUAGAACUCAUAACUAAAGUCAAUAACAUUACCAAAAAGGAGAAAAACACAUCUUUAAACCACAAACGAACUUCGCCCUACUAUUUACUAUUUGACAAUGCUGAGGUUUCUUGUAGCUCCAUAUUGAUAUCCUCAACUCCUAGUGAAAACCAUAGCCAAUGCAGAAGAAGCGUAGAUAGCGAUAUGUACAAUGAGACAAAUGUAAGCUGUACCAUCAUUCAAUCCAGCAAACACAAUAAUGCAAAAGAUUUCCGAAUAGAAACUCUUAUAGGAACAGCUGGUGAACCAAACGAUUAGUAAAAAAAUGAGUUUAAUGCAGCAGAAAUUAGAACUUUCGAGAUUAAAGAAAAAAUAAAAUUGAUUUUUUUAUAUUAUGUUAUUUUGAUCACGCUGAUAUUUUCAGAUGUCCUAAUUUGUAAAUAAGUAUUUUCAUAUGAACCGAAAUAAAUGAAAAUAUUACAGCUAAAUUAUUGUUUUCUGU